AUGGUCUCCACUGAUGCAGAUCGAGUCUUUGAAAUCCGGUCUACCGCAGUGCCUAUCAGCAAUCCAUCAACUAGACGUCGACUGAUUUCCAACACUUCGUUAGUAAGCGAGACGGCUGGCAGCACGACCGGUCUUAUAGCCGGGCCAACGCGAAUCAACCUACCGCCGCCGAUCCCAUACCAAUCUGACCUGCUUUCGGCACCUUCUGAGGACAUGUUUUCCGAGACAGCAUCAAUUUCUUCCGCUCUUGGCAAUUGUCAAACCGAAGAACUUGGCGGCAAAUAUGGCAGGCUACUCGAGCAGACGAGGAUGUAUAAAAAUAAGUUUUCUCGGAGAAUUCCUGAACGCAUUCAUAAGACCCGGUUUGCUUUUUUGUGUUAA